GCCUUCUUCAUCUUCAUCAUCCUCCAUAGUUAUGGUAAUCAAUAUCUUAGCGUCUAUGUGCCGGGAUCUUAUUACGCUAAACGCGGGGGAAAUGGCAAUAUAUAAGAGCUUGCCGGACAGUACUGGGUACUUCCGCAUCUUUUUUGCGUUGACGCAGCAACAUCAACAAACCUUGACACUCCUUCUUUCACGAGUUCCCGACCGAACCGCACCCACUCUCACUUUACAACUUUUGCAAACGCCCUCAGUAACGAAAAUGAAGUUCUCUACCUUUGCCUUGUCUGCUGCUGCUUUGUUCGCUGCGUCUUCCAUGUCCGCGCCUAUUCGUAGAGAUGUCGACCCUGCUCUUGUUCCCGAGUUCGGUGUUCAGUCUGGCCAGAACCCUACCGGCACUGGUGAUUGUGACGGUAUCGCAGGACCUGAUGGCAAGGCCAUCAAGAUUCCUUGCGCCUGUCCUCCUCCCCGCGAUCAAUUCAUCCAGUCCCUCAACACCAAUCUCGCUGCUGGCUUUGUUGUCAACAACCCGUCCGUCAAGCUCUCUUUCCCCACCGAUAGCUCCAAGGCGUCUCAGAGCGCACGUUUGAAUGCCGCCGCUGUCACUCUUCAGAACCUUAAUGGACCUGGAAAGGGCUGUCCCGUUGCCGGUACCACUUUCCAAGCUCAGCAAAAGGCUAUCGACGCUCUUCCUGAUACGCCUCCUCCGGCUAACAAUGCCGCACCAGCUCCUGCCCCACCUGCGCCUGCACCUGCACCUGUCAACAACGCAGCUGGCGGUGCUCCCUCAGCGGCUGAUGUUGCAAGGUUGGCUCCUGCGCUUGGCUUCCAAUCCGGUUUGAACCCGACUGGUACUGGUGAUUGUGACGGUGCUGUCAAUGGUGCUGACGGCAAGCCUAUCAAGAUCCCUUGCGCUUGCCCUCCCCCACAGGAUCAGUACAUCAGUGCUUUGCAAGCUAACGUUGAAGCCGGCCACGCCAUCAACAACCCUGAUGUCAAUGUCUCUUUCCCGACUGAUGACUCAAACGCCGCCAAGUCUGCACGUAUCACUGCUGCGUUGAUCACCCUUCAGAAUUUGAACGGACCUGGCAAGGGUUGCCCUGCCGUCUCAACGACCCUCCUCGCACAGCAGAAGGCUCUUAAGCGAUCUGUUCGAUCUGCUCGCUCGGACUAAGUCCGCUCAAGUUACGUAGUCCUCAGCAGUUUACUAGAUCCCCGUAAAAGCGGAUGAAAGGAUUUGGGUUAUCGCUACCAAGUACUCGUACAAGGUUAUAUUCUUUUCGAUACUGCUGUGUUGUUGUAAUGUGUUGUCAAUUAAUGGGUGCUAAGGUCAUCUUUUUCCCGGUUGUC